AUGAAAUUUCUUCUCCUCCUCCUCCUCGCUUCCCUGGCCGUUCUCUUCGUGAAUGUCGAGAGCAGAACUCAUGUAAGAUGGUCUCCUUUACCUUAAGGAUCCUUCUUUUCUUUCAGAUGCUUGCUCCACCGUCCCGUCACCGUCCACAGGGCAACUCGAACUCUACUUCUUCCGAUUCUUCGCCCAAACCACGCAGACAUUCGCCUCCACCACAUCGCAAAUUCCCUGGAAACGGCAGCAAACGGCCACAGAAGGCAACCACCGUGGCCGCUAAAUAA